AGAGGAAGUGAACAGAAGCCCUGCCUUCCACCUCCGGACUGACGACUGACGCGGAACCUGUCUCUGUUGGGAACCUGCUCACCCUCUGAGGUAGUGGACUCCAUUUCCUGGUUUGAAAAGAAGCAGCCGGAAAGGCAAGGAAGAAGAUGGAGUCAGAGUUCCUCUACGACUUGUUGCAGCUCCCAAAGGAGGUAGCUCAACCCACGGAGGAAGACCUCCCACGAGGAGAAAAGAAGAAAUAUCUGUUGCCCAAUUCCAAGAGGAACCCCAAGUUUGAAGAACUGCAGAAGGUGCUGAUGGAAUGGAUCAAUGCCACACUCCUCCCAGAGCACAUCGUGGUCCGCAGCCUGGAGGAGGACAUGUUUGAUGGGCUCAUCCUGCACCACCUGUUCCAGAAGCUGUCAUCCCUCAAGCUGGAAGUGGAGGAAAUCUCUCUGACCUCAGCCAGCCAGAGGCGCAAGCUAGGGGUCAUCAUGGAGGCCAUCAACCAGAGUCUGCAGGUUGAAGAGCAGCAGGCCAAGUGGAGCGUGGACACCAUCUUCAACAAGGACCUGACGGCCACCUUGCAUCUCCUGGUGGCCCUGGCCAAACACUUUCAGCCGGAUCUGCCCCUCCCAGACAACGUCCAGGUGGAAGUCAUCCACAUUGAGAGCACCAAGAUGGGCCUGAAGGCAGACAAACAGGUGGAGCAGCUCACAGAAUGCAACUCACACGAGGACCAGCCUUCACAGGACGCCUUUGAUGAAUUAUUUAAGCUGGCUCCAGAGAAAGUGCACGCUGUCAAAGAGGCCAUUGUGAGUUUUGUCAACCAGAAGCUGGACCGCCUGGGCCUGUCUGUGCAGAGUCUGGACACCCAGUUUGCAGAUGGUGUCAUCCUGCUCCUGCUGAUUGGACAGCUGGAAGGCUUUUUCUUGCAUCUGAAGGAAUUCUAUCUCACUCCCAGCUCUCCCACAGAAAUGUUGCACAAUGUCACCCUAGCCCUGGAGCUGCUCAAGGAUGAAGGCCUCUUCAGCUACCCUAUCAACCCUGAAGAUAUUGUCAACAAGGAUACCAAGAGCACACUGCGGAUACUUUACAGCCUAUUCCAGAAGCAUUCACUGAGGGCAGAGGGUGUCGGGGCACCCCAUGGCACUCCAAAUUAGUCACCUCUACCUCCCCAAGCUGUUUCUCAGAAGCUGUAACCUCUGGAGACCCAGCAGUCCCAGAUCUUCCCACGUCAACGUCAUUACUAUGGAUUGGUGACAUGCUUCCCCCGACACCUGUCUUGCUUACCUUUGAUCCCAACAGAUGGGGACCUAUUUUGCGCCGACUCUUGCUUUGCUCCGUGUAUUUUGACAGCUGUAUUAAUUGUAUUUAUGUGGGUGAGGGGGGGCUCUGCAUGUCUGUGGAGUCCUGAGUUAGCCUUUGACUGUGGUGAAUAAGAGUUUGGUUCCCAGGCUAGACCAGCUCUCAUCAGCCUCCAGUCUGUCUACUAAGGCUAUACCUUGAUAGUUAGUGGCUGCUCAGACCCCACAAAGUUGACCAUCCCCAGCCAGAGGCUCUUUGUCAUCAAAGCUGAUGAUCUCAGGCCAAGGUCUCUGUAAACUUCCUGAUUAUCCUACUCCCACUUUGGGGUGGUGAGCCCAGGACCAUUACCCAAAGACCAGAGCCCCAUGUGGAAGAAAUGAAUUCAGUUUCUUGUCAGAGAACCCUGACCAGGCUAUCCCUACAGCUGCCGUUCCGAGCUCAGCCCUGGACCCCAGGGAAGAGAUCUAGAGUUGGAUCUUGGGUUCAGGUUAUCUCUGGUCUGCACUCUGUCCUGUGAGACUUAGUGUCUUUUGCAAAGACAGAGAAACAGCUGAAGAAGUGAGCUGGCUCCAGGCUGGAGGAGAAGCUGUGGGGGGAGAUGUAAAGUAUGGGGUUCAGGGGUACAGAGACAUAGGGGCAUAGGGAUUCAGGGGUACAGGGAUGUAGGGAGGUUAGCCUGUUACUCCUCUGGACUUUUCCCUGCUUGCUUCAGGCUCCUGCAAGGAAAGUCUUUUAGGUUUGGGGGUAUGUAGCCAAACAGCUUUGCCUUUGGGGGACUUUGAGGCAGAGUCUGGACAGGCCAGGCCACCCCUGCAAAGACAGUAGGUGGAGUUAGGUGACCUGGAGCUCUGGUGUAUGCUGUGAGGAGGCCUGGGGCUUCUCUCUACUCAGAUCCAUUCCACCUGUCCCUUUGGCCCUAUGCAGGCCACUCAUACGUAUUAGAGGGCACCAUCAGAUAGCGCCUCUGUCCUGCUGCCUCUGAGACAUGUCCCUCUUCUAUAUCAGGACAUCCUCACAGAAGCUGGGCCCUGCUAUCUAUCUGCUCAGGUAGUCCUUCCAUGGAGACCUUCCUCUGUACCUCAUCUCUUCUCUCUGGGGCAUCCUGAGCCACGGUACAAGCUCGAACCCUCUGCUUCUUUACUAGAGGCUUGGCAGGUCAAAGUCAGAGGCCACACCCACCUUCUAGGCUCUUGGCUCCCUUCCCUCCUUCUCCCUUGCUUGCUUGCCCUCCUGGCCCCUCCACAUCGUCACCCUCCACCUCCUUAUCCUGUCUGAUAGGAGGUCUGAAUCAUAAAGAGAAUCAUGUCUGAAACUUUAUUGAGGACUAAAUAACAUUCCUCAGUUUACGUGCAUGACUUAAUGACAGCUGACAAACAUACACAAUCAUAUCCCUCCAACCAGAAGUCUCAAGAUCUAAAACACUCCGCCACCUGAUGUCCCACCCGUCAGAGCCCCUGCCUUAGAAGGGGAGAGCUGCCCUCUGUUGCUGCCUUUUCUGCAUCUCUUAGAAGCUGACCUUCCCCAGGGUGCUGAGGUUUGGUCUACUACUAUGUAUUGUAAUGGCAACUUCUGUAUCCCAAGUCUAGUUGCCUCAAAACAAGUGAAUUCUCAUGUAUUCCAGCUUUUGUUGUGUAAACCUUGUUCCUUAAUUUAAAACUAUUGCUUGGAUAAAGAUGCCUAUAGCCUGUGGCUGGGCAGGAGAGCGGAAGGUAGACCUUUGGUUCCUGGGCUGGGGAGUCUGGGGCAGAGAUCACAAGGAGAGGGAAGGGAAGAAGGAAGAAGGCUCCAUGGGGUAAGUGGAUUAUGAGCACAUAGCCAUGAGGGCCAGCCUGUUGGGGUAGAAGUGGCCCAGUGGAACCUGCAAGUGUUAUGCCAGGUUUAUUGACAGGAAAGAAGACAAAAUAUCACAGAGGGUGCUCUAUCUGCCCAGCUCUGAUGCUUUAAGGCUUAAAGAGAAGCCUUAAUUUUUGAGAAUCUGUGUUAGUCAGUUCUGGAUACUGUAACUAAGAGAUCUAAAGUGGGCUAGAAACCCCCAAAUAAUAUUUAAAGUAUCAACGUGGGGUUUCUUUUCCUGAUGCAAUUCUACUCUCUCCACAGUGAGCGUACAGCCCAUCCCUCUGCUUGCUGAAGACAGGCCCCCUCAGUGGGUGCCAAUCAUUCAUCCAUGUGUUCAGUUCGCUGCCUCCAAAGUUUGAGGAUUCUCUUUACUCUGGUUUCCCUGUAGUCUACAGGGAUUGCUAUUCAUGUUUCUCAGAUUGCUUUGCAUGUUCGAGUCUUUGUAUGAACGCUUCCUAACCCUUUUCCUAGGUGAAUACACAAGACUCACACGGCUGAUUCGGUAAGAUACUGAGAAAUAUAACAAGUUCUUUCUCUGCUGGUGAAAUGAUAGCCAAUUCAAGCCACACACACACACACACACACGCACACACACAAAAGCUCAGGUUUAUUGGGAAGCUGCUCUCAGGCAGGCAAGUUCACUGGCUCCCCCAACGGAGGCCAGGGAAGUCGCCACACGAAGGAAGAGAGAGAAAAAAAGAACUCGUGUGCAAAAAGAGAAAGAGAGAGAAAGAGAGAAGGUUAGAGAGAGAGCAGGAGACCGAAGCAUCUGGAUUAUAUAGGGAAGAGCCUCUGGGGGCAUGGCGACCUAGCCUCUGGCCUGUAAAGUUUAGGGUUGGGGACAGUAUAUGCCAGGUAGGGACUGAGGGAUACUGAGAGAACCUGGAGGCCGGCUCUGCUUUGGUAUGUAAAAUAUACACCUCAGCCCCUUGUCCCAGAGUCUGAAACCAAAAAAACCAGUUACAGUCUUCAGUCCCACCUGCAGGGCCUGAGAGCCCCAGUUACUCUGUGUCUUAUGGUCACUUGCUAUUAUCUAUCUUUUCAAUGUUAGCUAUUCAAGAGGGUGGUUUUGAUUUUAAAUGUUACUCCUCUAAUUUUUGAGACUCUGUAUUAGUCAGUUCUGGAUACUGUAACAAAAUUCCAACAGACUAGGCAGUGUAAAUCCUAGGUAGUCUGUCCAACAGUUACCGUGUCUGGGACUUGUAAGAUGGAGGAGCUGGCAGCUGUUCCUCUGGUGGAUGGCAAGAACCCUCCUCCUGGCUCAGAGUUGCUCCUCUUUCUGUCUUCAGGAGGGUGUGGGUAGGGUGGUAUGGGGUCUGUCAGAAAGGAGAGAAAGAGAGAUCACCACCCUGCCCUUGUCCUACCUUCUUCUGGGGACCCCACUUUCAUGGCUUCACCUGAAUCUAAUCACAGUAAAUUUGCCUCCACAUAGCACAGGUAGGGGAGGAGCAGCAUGCACCCCAGGCAAUACCUUCUCUUUCUUACCUCUGUAUCAUCCUUGGUAAAGUGUUUGCUUAAAUAAUUCGCCAUAAAAAAUAACUGCAUGUUGGAUCCCCUGGGGCAGGGGAAUCUGACCCUCUGGAAGAGCAGUAAGCACUUUUAGCCUCAGAAUUAUCCAGCCCUAUUUGCCUUCCCUGCCCCAGUAUAGAAAAAUUAUUGCACUUUAAGCUUCAUAUAUAGUGUUGAAUGCAUUCUGAGUUAAUUUUUACAUAGAGGGCAAAGGCUGAAUUGUAAUUUUCCCCGGUGGAUACCUCCUCCUUCCAGCCCAAUCUUGUAAAGACUUCCCUUUGCCCACCAAAUCUCCACGGUGUCUCGGUGUAAAAUCAGUUUGCCACACGUCUUCCAUCCCAGGGCUGGGCUGUGCUCAUCUUGUGUGCAGUGUGCACCACGGUGCCAGCACCAGUGUCCUUGCUACUGGGGAGUCCUUAAAGUCAUGAAGCCAAGCAGUGGGUUCCCCAGCUCGGUUCUCUCUUUGAGAAGCAGCAUUGGAUCCUGAGAGCCCUUUGAAUUCAUUUGAUCUCAGUAUAAACUUGGGAUCAGUUUGUCCUUCUCUUUUUUAAAGGAACCUUUGAGAUUUUUGAUUGAGUUGUGCUUACCCUUCAGUCAAGUGGUGAUCAGCCUGUGGCUUAGAACUCUGGGAAGCUGGGUCACUGACUUGGAGACCUCCUCCCCCAACCUGUCACCUUCCGCUCCUCCUUUAUCUUCUCCCACCUGUCACCCUCUGUUCCUCCUUCAUCUCCUCUCCUUUCUUUUCUCCCUUCCUCUUCCCUUUUUCUGUUGUAAUUUAAAAUAUUUUAUUAAUACGUUAAGAAUUUCAUACAAUGUAUUUUGAUCAUAUUCACCCAGCUCCUCCCCCACUUCCUCCAAGCUCCACCCCUAUCUCUUUCCCUCCCAACUCCAUGUCCUCAUUUAAAAUAAAUAAUCCACUCUGCUGCCCAGA